AUGCAACCGGAGGCUGCCGAGCACCAACCUCAGGCGGCAACGGAGGCAGCACCGCUGGCUGCCGAGGCGGCGACGGGACAGCAGGACGCGUCGUCAAGCGGCCCGUGCCCAACGGACGCUCCACCCAGUGGGGUAGCGGGGUCCGAGGCGGCCGACAAGGUGCCACCGCCCGACCCAAAUGACCCGGCGGUACAGAUGCGGAUCAACAACCUCUCCAAAUGGGCGACCGUCAAGGACGUGAAGCAUCUGCUGGAGCGGCGGCUUGGCCUGACUGGCGUGCGCAAGGUGCGCAAGAUUUCCAACCAGGACUACGCGUUCGUCUACUUCCAGUCCGCACAGGAGCGCCUGGCUGCGGACUCGGGCAUCAACGGGCACAAGUGGAAGGGCAGCGUGCUGUCGACGGCGCAGGCGAAGCCGCUCGACCCGGACAGGCACCUCAAGCGCGAGAGGGAGGGCGGCGAGGGGCAAGGCGGCAAGAGGGUGUGCGCGCAGCAGGCGGGCGGGAGGGGUCGAGGAGGCAGCGGCGAGGCCGGCGAGGCCGGCGGCGCAGCGGCCGCGCGGACAGCGGCGGACGCGGCGGCGCCGCUGCACCGGCUCGAGUACGCAGCGCAGCUCGAGCAGAAGCAGCACUUCGUCGAGAAGGCGCUGCGGCGGCUGCCCCGGGAGAUGCAGGCCGCGGCUCACAGGGUCGCGGCUCGCUCCGACACGCAGCGCGAGCGGUGGCGGAUGCCAUGGCUGUCUCAGGAGCGGCUCAACCAGCGGCACGGCCUGCCCUGCCCGGUUGCGCCGGUCCUGCCCGCGGCGGCAACGCACGGCUACCGAAACAAGUGCGAGUUCACCCUCGGUCGCGACGAGGACGGCAGCGUGGCGGUUGGCUUCACCCUCGGCACAGUCGCUUCCGAGCUCGCACGGCUGCGCGAGGCGUUCGUAGCGCCGCUCGACCCGCCCGUACGCCUCUCGCUUGCGGUGCGGCGCGGCGCACCUCCGGGCGAGUACAAGCACGCGGGCGAACCAGCCGAGGCGGGAGGGCUCGAGACGGCGGAGGGUGUCGAGACGGUACUCGGGCGGGAGUACAUCGAGGAGACGCUGCUCGGCCUCUCCUUCCGCAUCUCGCCCGACGCAUUCUUCCAGGUCAACACGCUCGGCGCAGAGAGCCUGCUGACGCUGCUGCGCGCGCAGUGCAGCCUCGGCCCCGACUCGGUGCUGCUCGACGUCUGCUGCGGCACGGGCACCAUCGGGCUGGCGAUGGCGCGCUCGGUCAAGAGAGUGAUUGGCAUCGAGAGCAACGCGCAGGCGGUUGCCGAUGCGGCCGCCAACGCCGCCCGCAACGGCAUCACCAACGCCGAGUUCAUCUGCGCCAAGGCGGAGCAGGCGACGCGGCAGGUGCUCGAGCGGCUCACUCCGUCGGAGCUCGACUCGCUGGUCGCCAUCGUCGAUCCUCCCCGCGCCGGCCUCCACCCCGACGUGGUCAAGGCGCUGCGCCGUUGCGCGCCGCUCCGCCGCCUCCUCUUCGUCGCCUGCCACGCGCCCGCGUUUGUGACCAACGCAGUCAGUUUCUGCCGCCCCACGUCCCCCUCCUUUGCGGGCGUCCCUUUUGAGCUCGUGCAGGCGUGGCCGAUCGACCUCUUCCCGCACACGCCGCAUUGCGAGCUGGUCACUCUCCUCGAGAGGUCGGACUUGGUGGCCGAGCGCGAGGCGGCGCAGGAGGCGGCGCAGGCGGCGAAGCAGGCGCAGGCGGUGCAGACGCAGGCGGCGGAGGCAGCAUCCACGCCCACCGAUGCGGCAGAGGGCGGGGCGGUCAGCGUGUGGGGCUGA